AUGAAACACACCGCUGCAAAUCCAUUCGUGCCUGGUAGCUCUACUUCACCGGGACGGAAGGUGAGGAAAACAAAGGGCUUGCAAAAGAACCUGUGGCACUCGAAUUCCUCAAUGGGAUCCAACGUUCAGCCUUGUGAGGAUUUCUCUGAUCUUCUACUUUUUGGCUAUUUGGGUCCUGCAGAGUCAUUUGAGUUGGGAGCGUUCUUCAUAUUUAACCAGAAGGGCGAGGUUCUUAUUUCUCGACUGUUUCGACCUGACCUGAGGCGGUCCAUUGCCGAUGUGUUCCGUAUACAAGUUGUGUCAAAUAGCGAUGUGCGAUCACCAAUAGUCACCCUCGGGUCAACCAGUUUCUUCCAUGUUCGAGUUAACAACGUCUACGUACUUGCUGUUACAAAGCGCAAUGCGAACGCUGCCCUCGUCUUCGAAUUCAUAUAUCGGUUUAACACUAUAGCGAGGUCAUAUUUCGGGAAAUUGGAUGAAGAGUCUGUCAAAAAUAAUUUUGUGUUAAUUUACGAGCUUAUUGAUGAAAUUUUGGACUUCGGAUACCCACAAAACAGCGAGGUCGAUACGCUGAAGUCGUAUAUUACUACCGAGGGUGUCAAAUCGGAAAUGGCAGUUAGAGAAGAUUCGUCAAAAAUAACUUCCCAAGCCACAGGGAGCGUGGGCUGGAGGCGAGCCGGUGUGAAAUACCGGAAGAAUGAGGCAUUUGUAGACGUCAUCGAGAACGUUAAUCUGAUGAUGAGUUCGAAAGGGACCGUGCUCCGUGCGGAUGUCGAUGGGCAGAUAUUGAUGAGGGCAUACCUAUCAGGCGAGCCAGAGUGUAAAUUUGGCCUCAAUGACAAAAUCGUUUUGGAGAAGAGUGAGCGUGGAAGUGCUGGCGAUAAUGCCGUUGAACUGGAUGACUGCCAAUUUCAUCAAUGCGUACGAUUGACCCAAUUUGAUGUGGACCGAACCAUAAGCUUCAUUCCCCCGGAUGGAGAAUUCGAGCUUAUGAGGUAUCGGUCGACAACCAACGUCAACCUCCCUUUACGUGUUCAACCUAUUGUUGUGGAGCAUGGCAGAUCCAGGGUAGAGUAUACAGUGAACGUCCGGGCAAAUUUUGAUUCGAAAUUGAGCGCCACGGAGAUUGUUCUGAGGAUUCCAACACCCCUUAACACUACAUCCGUCGACGUGAAGGCCGCAACUGGCAAGGGGAAGUACAUGCCAGAAGAAAAUGUCAUAGUUUGGAAGAUACCCCGGCUCCAGGGCGGGGCGGAAUGUACAUUGCACGCAAUGGCAGAACUAACGGCAACUACUAAUCGGCAACCAUGGGCGAGACCCCCUAUCGAUGUUGACUUCCAGGUGCUCAUGUUUACUGCUUCGGGAUUGCAUGUGCGUUUCUUGAAGGUUUUCGAGAAAAACAAUUACACGAGCGUCAAAUGGGUGCGAUACCUCACAAAGGCGGCUGGCUCAUAUCAGAUUCGGGCAAUUUCGCAGCGCACAGCCAUAAUUUAUGGACAGUCAUCAAUGGUUCAUUGA